CUUCAAAAUUCGUUUCAUUUAGAACACUAAACGAAUUAUCAUGGACACAUUCAGGACAUUGUGGCUCUUUAUAGGACUGCUUGUAGUCGGCUUGGAAAAUGGUGUCCAGUCAUAUAAUUUACCAAUGGGUAAAAAAGAGCUUGAAAAGAGUGGGUCAGGAAGAAAUGUUAACAGUGUUACAACUACUCGUUCCGUGGUAGUCGAAAAAAAAACCACCGUUUUCAAAAAAAAAUGCUGGUCAGAUUUAAUAUUAGAUAAAAAAACGAGUAUAAACACAUUAGAAAUGUGUCAGAAAUAUGGUUAUAACGUAGAAGGUUUGUACGUCAUACCAGAAUUUUUGAGACUCCUUAAUUCACUGAACCGGGAACAAUCUAUUAUGGCAUCUAGAAUUACUUAUCCCAGAGAUUACAGUCUGUCUAUCAAGAACAAUGAUGAGUUUGAUAUUAUCAUAGUGGGUUGUGGAGCUUCAGGAUCGGCCUUGGCUGCUAAACUUAGUGACGAGAAGAAUUUGAAAGUCCUUGUACUGGAGGCUGGAGGUACACCACUCAUGCAAUCUGAGAUACCCGGACUCUGGGCCAAUUCAAUCGGUACCGAGAUGGAUUGGAACUAUAAAGCAAAAGAGGAUGAGACGUUUGGUCAGAGUUUAGAAAACAAAUGUGUUAAUAUUAUUCGGGGAAAAUGCUUAGGAGGAACUACGGCUUUAAAUACAAUGUUGUAUGAUCGAGGAAUAAUAUCAGAUUAUACUAAAUUUGAAACGGCAGGUUUAACCAAAUGGAGUUGGGAAGAUGUUUUGAAAUACUAUAAACGUUCAGAAGACUGUAAGUUCGAAAAAAUCACCACACACGAAACAGUUAGUAGUUUACAUAGUAAAGGUGGUAAACUGAGUGUAGAUUCAUUCCGCAACACGAGAACUGUUGAAAUCAGACAGGUCUAUUCUAAGGCGUUAACCGCAGUCAACUAUAAUACAUUAGACUUUUUCGAUGUAAAGAACCAUCAAGGUUUCGUUUCAUCUGUCGCAAUCAUUAAAAACGGUUUACGUGUGAAUGCAGCAAAAGCCUUUUUGAGAAAUGCUGACAAAAGAUACAAUCUAAGAAUAUCAGCUAAAUCUUUUGUCAAAAAAGUAUUAUUUGAAGAUAAAAAAGCUGUAGGCGUAGAGUUUGAAAAUUCCAUUGGAGAAGUAAUUCAAGUUAAGAGUAAGAAGAACGUUAUAUUGAGUGCUGGUCCAAUAGGAUCUCCAAAACUACUCUUAGAGUCAGGAGUUGGGCCAAAAUCUUUACUGGAUUCGUUGGGUAUUCCCGUAGUCGUCGAGAAUAAUAACGUCGGUUUGAAUUUACAAGCACAUCCAAACUUCUUAGGUAUAGUAGUUAAAUUUGAAAUGCAGCCGAUCAAGUCAUAUUCUAUUAGUGAAAUGGUCUUUGAAUACUUAAUGAAGCAUACCGGACCGCUGGCCACAAUAGGAUUGUGCAGUUUUACCGGUUUUAUAGAUAUUGAUGGCAAUGGUAUUCCGGACAUUCAAAUAUUAUUUUAUUAUUAUUCUGAGGAUGAUACUGUAUUCAUGCCUUCACAAUUGGAUGCUUUCAACUUUAACGACAACAUCACAGAACAGAUAAUUGACAUUAACGAUGAGAACGAUAUAAAACUCAUCGGUAUUUCACUGCUUAGUCCAAAAAAUACUGGUAAAGUGACUAUAAAAAAGACUUGCGAUGGCGAUGAGUAUGAACCGAUUAUAGAAUACGGCUCUUUGGCAACCGAGGAUGUUGACACGCUAGUGAAAGCUAUUCAUUGGGUAAAAAAUCUUAUACAAUCUGAAGCGUUCAAACCUUAUGGACCACAAAUCGUCCCUUUAAAAAUCGAGGGUGGCCCGGAACCGGACGUGGACAGCGAUGAAUAUUGGAAAUACGCUAUCAAACAUUUGACAAUUAUGAAUGUCCAGAUGACUGGAACAUCCUCCAUGGCAACAGAUCCUUCGAAUGGCGUUGUAGAUGAAGACCUUAACGUCUUUAAUACCGACGGUUUGAUGGUCGUAGAUUCUUCUGCACUCCCAAUAAUGUUCAGUGCUGAAAGUUGUGCUCCAUCCAUUAUGGUUGCAGAAAAGGCUUCUGAUAUAAUAAAGACAAAAUUGGGAUGCAAUGACAACGACGAAGAAGAAAAAUAAGAACCGAAGGAAUAUGCUGAAUACAUUUACGUACCAACCUAUGAAAUUCAUAUUUUAAGUUAAACAAGAGAACUUGAUUCCUAAUGAAUGUUGUAAUACAUGUUAACAAAAUAUAAUUAAUUAUACAGUGAGAAUAUAAAAUAUCAUAUUAUGACAUAAAUA